UAUAAACCAUAAUUCCAGGUGGAGAUGUAAACGCCAAGAUGAAAACUUUCACAGUGUUGGUCUGUAUCGUAGCAGCUGUAGCAGCAUCUCGCGAUAAAAGCGGGCACAGUUUCAAUGAACAAUGCGAAAAAGUUUCCGGUGUCGAUCCCGCACUCCUCGCUGAUGCUUUUAGCAACGGGAAAUUUCCAGAUGAUUCAAAGUUGAAGGCGUACUUUAAAUGCGUCUUGAUAGGAUACGGUAUUCUAAAUGAGGCUGGUGAAGUUAACGGCGCACUCAUGAAGAAAACUUGCGAAAUGUUUCUUUCUGAAGAUGAUUGUUCGUUUGCAGAGACCUGUGCCAAGGAAAAGGGCAGCAGUCUUGACGAUACCGCCCUGCUUAUAGUUAGCUGUGUAAUGAAGGGCAAAAAUUAAUGAAAGCUAUCUUCGCCUUGAAUUGUAAAUAAAUAAUCCUGAUCAUGUU